AAGUUAUUGUAAAGGCACAAUAUCCAGUUAAGUAGUUCAGUGGACAACAAGGACUGCACAGAGCAAUAAAAAGAGAAUAAUUUUCCAGUUGAAAGCAAUAAAGACUAACCUUUUUGCAAAUCCUUUGUAAUUUUGCCAUCAAAUAGAAGAUGGCAGCAUUGUCUAUGACCUGGUCUUGCUCUCCCUUAACCUCCUCAAAAUUUCGGCGAGUUAACCGAUACUCAGGGAUGACAUUUGCAAGUGUGAAAUCUACUGAAGGGUUGGGAAAUUUACCCAAGGUCGUUUUGACUUCUCCUCAUGGAAGUGAGGCUGAGCUAUAUCUAUUUGGAGCUUGUGUCACAUCUUGGAAAGUAGACAGUAAAGAUCUACUUUUUGUUCGACCAGAUGCUGUAUUCAAUGGUCAGAAACCAAUCAGUGGAGGAAUACCACAUUGUUUCCCACAAUUUGGACCUGGCCCAAUUCAGCAGCACGGAUUUGGAAGGAACGUGAAUUGGUCCCUUGUUAGUUCUGAAAAUGUGGAGGAGAAACCUGUUGUUACUGUGGAGCUAAGGGAUGGCCCUUACAGCCGUGCAAUGUGGGACUAUAGUUUCCAUGCUCUUUACAAGAUCACCCUUGAUAAGAAGACCCUCUCAACGGAACUCAUAGUUAAAAAUACUGACAACAAACCAUUUUCAUUCACUACUGCACUGCAUACUUACUUCAGCGCUUCUGUAACAGGUGCAUCAGUUAGUGGCUUAAAAGGUUGCAAAACUCUAAACAAGGUUCCUGAUCCCACAAACCCUGUUGAGGGAAAGGAGGAAAGGGAUGUGGUGACAUUUCCUGGAUUUGUAGACUGUGUUUAUCUUGAUGCACCUAGCGAGUUACAACUAGAUAAUGGUUUGGGUGAUAAGAUAUCUAUCAAAAACACCAAUUGGUCUGAUGCUGUUCUAUGGAACCCUCAUUUGACCAUGGAACAAAGCUAUAAAGAUUUUGUUUGUGUUGAAAAUGCCAAGAUUGGAACAGUUCAGCUUGAACCAGAGCAAUCUUGGACGGCUGUACAACAUCUAACUGUUGCUUAAAGAUACCUCCCGGAAGAGAAAUCAACUUUUUGGAGAAACUCUCCCCUGCUUUUCAAUUUAAAAGACUCACUUGAGAAAAUGAUUGAAAAUGGCAAUACAAAAUAAAGAAUAAUGUUGUAUCUCACAUGACCUGCAUUUCAUAGCAGUU